UUUCUUUUUUCUCUGUUUUUUGUCCUUUUGGUUGAAAAUUUUCAUUAGUUGCUAUAUUCUUGUGUUGCUGUAGUUGAAAUGCUUUACCCUUGUGGCUUGUCCUGCAUUCAAGGGCAUAGAUUCUUUUCCUCUCGCUCUCUUGCCCUCGCAAUCUCUCUUUUUGUUGCUCCCUCUGUGGCAUUUAUAAACUGAAGAGCUGUGUCAGCUCAGCUCCUUCGUUUUCUGUAUCGAUGCUUUAAUCUCUUGUGGAUUCUUUUUUGCCCAUAAAGAGCUCUUGCCUUUUUCUUCCCCCACCCACCCUUUUAUCUCUCCUUUUUUGAGAUGCCCUUUCACUUUUUUUUUUAGUAUUUUAGGACUGCGUUACAGGAGUAGCUAAUGUAAAAUCGAUGGGUUUUAGUUCCAUUUCUCCCUUCCCAAAUGCAUAUAAAUACAGUUGGUCAAUUCUAAAACUCUUCAUUGCAGGAACUAAUUCCAACGCCUAACUUGUGGCCCGUGUUGCUUUGCUUCCAACAUUUUUUUGUGGAAAAACAAUGAGCUAUAACAGCUCUACUGUGGGCUCUGGUAGUAGAACUGGCAGGAUGACCUUCGAGUUUGGGAGGACCCAUGUGGUCAGGCCUAAAGGGAAGCAUCAGGCAACUAUUGUUUGGUUACAUGGCCUAGGUGAUAAGGGAUCAAGUUGGUCUCAGAUCUUGGAAACUCUUCCUCUACCCAACAUUAAGUGGAUUUGUCCUACUGCUCCUACUCGGCCCGUGGCAUUAUUUGGUGGAUUUCCUUGCACUGCUUGGUUUGAUGUGGGAGAUAUUUCUGAAGAUUCUCCUGAUGAUUUAGAAGGCUUGGAUGCUGCAGCAUCACAUGUUGCUAAUCUUUUGUCUACAGAACCUGCUGAUAUUAAACUGGGUAUUGGAGGCUUCAGUAUGGGUGCUGCAACUGCAAUUUACUCUGCAUCAUGCCGUAUUCUUGGGCAAUAUGGAAAUGGAAACCUAUACCCCAUUAACCUAAGUGCAGUUGUUGGGCUUAGUGGCUGGCUUCCUUGUUCAAGAUCUUUGAGGAACCAGAUCAAUGUGUCACAUGAAGCUGCAAGGCGGGCUGCGUGUCUACCCAUUUUACUCUGUCAUGGUUCAGGUGAUGAUGUCGUUGCUUACAAACAUGGCGAGAAAUCUGCACAUACUUUAAGCUCAGCUGGAUUUAGAAAUCUAACAUUUAAAACCUAUAAUGGGCUGGGACAUUACACCAUUCCUGAGGAGAUGAAUGUUGUCUGUAAUUGGCUGACAGUAAUUUUGGGGCUCGAUGGCUUAAGGUUAGUUGACCACUAAAGUUGUUACGGAGAAAAGCAUGGAGAUAAACGAGGAAGACCACUUUUAGGUUUGUAACAAAAAUGGUAGAGAUGGUUGAACGUAGGGGCGGCAGUGUGAAUGGCCAUAGGUAUAAGUUCUUUAAUUUUGGUUAUUUCGUUAGUAAAGAAUAAACCAUUGCCUUUCUGGUUUCUGGUUUCUAGCAAAUCUGAUAGAGUUAUUAUGUAUGCUUUUCUUUUUCUCUUUUGUUUUUUUAGCCUAAGUGUGGGGGUAUACGAAUCUGAGAAAAAAUUUCAAUGUUGUAAUCUAAAUAUAGACCCUUUUUCUAAAUCUACAUAUGGCUACCUACUAAUUACCACAUAUCACAGUCAAA